CUUAACACCUAUAUAGUUAUUAAUUCUGCUUAAUUUUGAAUUGCAUAAAAAGCAACCAAUCAAGAGAACUCCGAGCAACACAAUCAGUUCGAACUAGCACGCAAAAUGACAACUGUGCGAUAUGGGACAAGCUGCGGGCCUUACAAAAGGAUUACCUUCAGAGAAGCAAACCCGCACUGGGAAGAGGAUGCUGGCGGUCUAGUGCUAGACGACGCAGACCAAGACAAACCUGUGCAGUGCCCCUUCGAUGCGAACCACGUGAUUCGCACCUGUCGGUUUGCAUAUCACAUUCAGAAAUGUGAAAAGAAUAAUCCAGAGUUGGCUGCGGAGAUGAUGACUUGCCCCUAUAAUGCACAACAUCGAAUGCUGAGAUAUGAGAUGGACCAGCAUGUAAAAAAAUGUAUAAACAGACAAAGGAUAACGGAGGCGUUUGAAGUGAAGGUUCUACCGAAAUUUCAAGUCCCCGUCAACACAUUUUCUGCACCCAAUAGUGAGGAAGACUGGGAGACAGAGUCUGACAACACUGCCAACACAUUCAUUUGGGGAGUGCCCACUCUCAACUUGGCACCUCAGAAUGGGUAUGCAGGGCCCGUGGUGACCCCUACUAGGACAGGUCUCCCAUCAACCCUUCCUUGGAAAAUGUGAACCUGUCAACUCAACAAUUUUAAUAUCGACAAGCAGACCUACUAUUACCGAAUGCAUGUGCACAGGGACUGUUCAUACACACUAAAACAAAUCACUCCUAAACUUUUUUCCACGUUGUAGGUCAUUCUGAAAGAGGGCACUUUUGCUGUAAGGUGGUAGCCUAAAUUGUCUGCACAUUUUAGAUUCUUUUUAGACAAGAUUUUUAGAGAAUUAACUUAACUGUUUUUUAAAUAAACAAUUUUUAAACAA